UCCACUCUUUAGCGCUCGGAUUUGAACCGCAUCCGAUGAUCUCAACUCCCGUUUCCUUUUUCGCUGGCUCGUGAGGACGCGACUACUUUUCUAUUAUCUCAGCGGCCGCCACGAUCGGGCAAACAAUCGUGAGGAUGUUAAAACUGUCUAGGUCAGACACUGGCGCAAGUAGGCCGAGGGAUCUCCGCGCAAAGACCCCAGCCAUGCAGUUUAAAGGCAAGGAGCAUUAAUUCGUAGUUGUGGGGAAUUUUGUGUGUGUGUGUGGGAGAGAGAGAGAGAGUGUGUGUGUGCUUGGCUCGGUUGUCCUUCCAGCGGCUCGGUUCCGUUAUCAUUGAUUCCGGCGGAGGAAGCCGACAGGCCGAAACGUCCAUGGAGGAGCAGCAGUUCCCCGGGGACGACCCGCGGUGGCUCCGCACGGAGGUCGAGCGUCUCUCGCGCGAGCUUAGCGAGACGACCCGCGAAAAGAUCCAGGCGGCGGAGUACGGCCUGGCGGUGCUGGAGGAGAAACAGCAGCUCAAACAGCGGGUGGAGGACGUGGAGGCGGAGUACGAGGCGGUGCGACACGAACUCGACCAGCUGAAGGAGGCCUUCGGUCAAGCUUACUCAACCCAAAGGAAAGUUGCAGCCGAUGGGGAAAGCAGAGAAGAGUCGCUGAUCCUCGAGUCGGCCAGUAAAGAAGCCCUCUAUCAGCAGAAGGUCCUGGAGCUGCAGAAUGAACUGAGACAAACCAAAGCCUCCCUCACCAGCACACAGGUUGAAAACGAGCGACUGGCUUCCAUAACCUUAGAGAUGAGAGAAAACUCAGAGCUGGCGGACCUGCAGCGCAGUCAACUGCGUGAUGACAUCAGAGAGUACAAGGUGCGGGAGACACGUCUGCUGCAGGACUACAGCGAGCUGGAGGAGGAGAACAUCUCCUUGCAGAAACAAGUAUCCCUACUAAGACAGAGCCAGGUAGAGUUUGAGGGUCUAAAACAUGAGAUCCGUCGUCUGGAGGAGGACUCCCAGUGCCUGCACAGCCAGCUGGAGGAAGCCAUGCGUCUGAGGGAGAUUGCUGAGCGACAGCUGACCGAGGCCCUGGAGACCAUUAAGACGGAGCGUGAGCAGAAGGCUGCACUGCGCAAGGAGCUCUCGCACUACAUGACCAUCGGAGACUCUCUUUACAGCAGCUCCCUCAACAUCUCCGUCGACAACUUGAAACUCAGCGAGGAUCCCUCUGCCAUUUUGGAGCCUGACAACGAUGACCUGAUCCGUGGCUUCGAGAAUGGGCUGGUCAAGGCCGCUGAGGGUGAAGAGCACAACAGGGCCUCUGUGAAUAAAAGAGGAGCGGUCUUCAAGCCUGCUCCCAGCCUAGUGGAUGACCUGCUGAGUGAGCUCAACAUCUCUGAGAUCCAGAAACUUAAACAACAGCUCGUACAGGUGGAGCGAGAAAAAGUGUCCCUCAUCACCUCGCUACAGGAGUCCCAGAAGCAGCUAGAGCAGGCCCAUGGCACUCUGUCAGAGCAGCAGGAGGCUGUCAGCAGGCUGACUGAGAAUCUGAGUGCUAUGAGGAAACUUCAAGCCAGCAAGGAGCGCCAGUCUGCCUUGGACAGUGAGAAGGAGAGGGACAGCCGUGAUGACGGAGACGGAGACUACUACGAGCUGGACAUCAACGGAGCAGAAAUCCUGCAGUGUAAAUACACAGUGGCCAUGUCUGAAGCUGGUGAGCUCAGGCAGGAAUUAAAGACGCUGAGGGCAGAGUACCUGGAGUGUCGGACCCAGUUUGAAGAGGAGCGGGCUCGUCUGGAAGGUGACGUCCAGGAGCUGAGUGCGAAGCUGGCCUGUCUUGAGAAGAGCAGCCGGGCAGAUAAAGAGGAGGUGGCCCGGCUAGAGAAGGAGCUCCGUCUGGCCAGUGAGGCUGCAGGAGAAUCACUCGGCAGCCUCAAUGUGGCCCAGGACGAACUGGUGGCCUUCAGUGAAGAGCUGGCCAAUCUCUACAACCACGUGUGUAUGUGCAACAAUGAGACCCCCAACCGUGUCAUGCUGGACUACUACAAGGAGGGCAGGGCCAGUGUCAGGGGAGGGAAAGAAGAGAAGGAACACCACUCAUCGCCUGUACUCCUCACCAAUGGGCUGAUCCCAGAGACUGAGGCUGGAGUGAUGGAGGCCAGUGAUGCCACUCCUGCCCCAAUCCCUGUUCCUGCCCAAGAUCACCGUCCAGAGCCCAUGAAUAUCUACAACCUGGUGGCCAUCAUCCGCGACCAGAUCCGCCACCUGCAGCAGGCGGUGGACCGCACCACAGAGCUUUCACGCCAAAGGUUAGCAACACUGGAGCUGAGCACCGUGGCAGAUAAGGACAAGGAGGCCUGCAUGGAAGAGAUCCUCAAACUGAAGUCUCUACUCAGCACCAAAAGGGAGCAGAUCGCCACUCUCAGGACCGUGCUCAAGGCCAACAAACAGACGGCCGAAGUGGCUCUGGCCAACCUUAAGAGUAAAUAUGACAACGAGAAGGCCUUGGUGACUGAGACUAUAAUGAAGCUCCGCAAUGAGCUCAAGGCCCUGAAAGAAGAUGCUGCCACAUUCUCCUCACUUCGAGCUAUGUUUGCCACAAGGUGUGACGAGUAUGUGUCCCAGCUGGACGACAUGCAGAGGCAGCUUACUGCUGCUGAAGAUGAGAAGAAGACACUGAACUCUUUAUUGCGUAUGGCUAUCCAGCAGAAGCUGGCCUUGACUCAGCGUCUGGAGGAUCUGGAGUUUGAUCAUGAACAGGCACGCCGCAAUAGCAAUGCAGUGGCCGGAGGCAAAGGAAAAAUGAAGGGCAAAGGAGCCUCCGCCAGCCACCAUUAAAGUACUCAAGGCGAGUGUCCCAACGGAUUUCCCUCAAUCUGUGCAAGUUGCCCCUCACCCAUGCUGACGAUUUCUUCGGUAUCCCAUCGGGGGAGUUUGAAAAACUGAUAGUACAGAAAUGCAUCCGCAGUAACUGGCUCAGGGCCUUGUUUAAAGAUUGUCAAGACAAGGAAAGAGGUCUGACCCCCCCCCCCCCCCCCGAGGUUCAGUCCAACAGUGUGUCUGCAGAAAGCUCCACCCCGUGGCAUAGGCUUCCAGCUGUAAGCCCGUCAGGUUUCUGACAAUGUACAGCGCUACGCCUCCCGACUCAAGACGUGCGUCGCUCUGUUUGCCUGUGUUUCCUUGACGACUGAGCACUUUCUAUGUUUUACUCUCUUGCUUUGAGGCAGUACCGCUCUCGUUUCUUUGGUCAUGUUCGUUAUUUCAACUAUCAACUUAUGCAGUUUUUUUUUUUUUUUACAAAAUGUGCAUGUUUAGCUGCCAGAUUCCUAACAUUAUUUCUAUGUCAACAUUAGUUUUAUAAUGAGCGGUAACCAAGUUAAAGGAAAAUUAUUACGCUCUCUCUAUAUAUAUGGGUCAGUGAAUAAUGGAACCAGAUUGUUUUUGGAUUCCUACAAGACAAAUUUCAUUUUGACAUCAUGUCUGAAAUGAAAAAAAAAAAAAACAGGGAUUAUGGAUACAGGUCACUUUUAUUUGCCGUUUUCUUUCACUCUUGGGCCUUAGAUUCGGGGGUGCCUUUCUGACUGCUCAUGAAGAAGAAGACGUUUGAUAACCAUUUCUCCGAUGUGGAUUAUUUUUCCCUUGCGAGGAAAUUGAUAAGCCGGUCCAGGCGUGUUUUGUUACAAUUGAAAGGAGCGUAUUGGUUCAAAUUCUAUUUAUAUGCAAGAAUUGUAAUUCAAGGUCAGAUGUUUAUAGUAUUCAUGAUGGAAUUGUGGGUGAAUGAGUUUUUAAUGCAACUGUUUUAAUGGCAAUUAUGCAAAACUUUUUGCGUCCUUAAAUGCAUUUUCAGCAGAUGGAGGAUGUUUCUUUGUCGACAAACCUGCAGCACCCUUUGGUAUGUGGUUUGUUUCAGCAAUAUAAGUGCAAUUUGCAGGUAUUAUGGUGCAAAAAAACAAAAAGGAAAAAAAAAAUUGCUAUGUAUUUUAAACAUUGAUGCUCACAUUUUUUUAAUGCUAAUUGAGUUUUCUAUCUUUUAACCGUAACUUUAAAUGUGUGUAUUUAUUCAAUACAAUGUCAAGCUGUUGAAAUCCCAACUUGUAGUGUGUGGUGAUGGAGUUUGGAGGAAGCAGACCCCUGUGAGAACACAACCGCUAAAAGCUCGUGCCUCAUCCCGGCGGCUCGGCUCCGAGUUACGCCUCGUGAACAAAUAAAUCUAACUUUACCACUCACACGUGGCCUUUUGACGUGUCUCCUUUCUUUUUGGCAACGGGGGGGUGUCACAACAUUUUAUCCUUGGGUGACUAUACCG